CUGUGAUAUUUAUUCGCCGGCUCCUGCUGUGCUUCCAUUUAGGAGCCCUGAUUUUUGAGGCUCUAACAUUCUGGGGAGUGGCUAGACAUACCCGCUAUGUCCAUAUUUGGGUGCACAUAGCAGGAAACUCUCUUCCUAGUCUCCGCACUUUAAGGGGAGGGAGAGGAGUAGCGGGGCGGCGCCCAAACCACGCGGCAGAGAGCUGGGCUGCUGCAGGAGGCGAGUCGGAGGCGAGUCGUUUGCAGCGCUUCGAGUGCACGGCGCGGGCUGCCCUGGCUUUGAGAUUGGUAUGAGACCUUUUGUACUGGAAAGUGGACUUUAUUUCACAACAUGUGGCAGAUAUAUAUAGCCAGAUUCCUCAGAAAUGUUCAUGACUGAAAUUCUCAUGAAGUUCUUGCAUUCUCACUGAAUCAUGGUUGAUGAAGCAUAACAUGGUUUCUCUGAAUUGUCUGACCGGGGCCAGGAGUGUGUGCAGGACUGGGGCCAGGGUGUUUCUGCCAGUCCAAAAUUUAUUCUAAGCAAAAUGUUCUGCACUUUGCUCUGGACCAUUACAAUGCUUUGCAGAUUAUGUCUAGCAGAUGGAGAUGCUGUGGCACAUCCUCAUAUUUUCCCUUCGCUGCCUGUAAUUGAACGAGGUUCAGCCUUGAAGGUCUACUGUAAUCUUGGCAAAAAGCUCGCUGAUUUUAAAAAUGCAAGUCAUAUCAUCUGGAAACUAAAUGGCGAACUAAUUGCAGAAGAAAACUACACAGCUUUCAAUGAUUCUGUCUCUGAAUUAAUUAUCCACAAUUUCACUUAUGAAAAAGCUGACUUGCAGUGCUUGGUUGAUGUUGAUUCUCCAGUCAAAAGGCAAUAUGUGGAUCACACUGUAGUUAAAUCAGGUUUUCCACCGGAGGCACUUGGAAAUAUUUCUUGCAUUCUUUAUUACAGAACUAAUUUUACUUGUAGUUGGACUUCUGCACAAGCAACACAUAUUGAAACAAACUACACUUUCAUUAGAAAAGGGAAGGGAUAUGGAGAUGAGUCAAGUACCUGCACAAGCAAUGAUAGUUCCUGUUCGUCCUUUUUCUCAGAUCAUUCAUUCAGUCCUUUGCCAUUUUGUGUUGAAGUGAAGGCAAAAAACAUUCUAGGAGAAGUGAUAUCAAAAUGUGUGCCCCACGAGCUGCAGAAAAUUUUGAAGCAUGAUCCUCCUCGGAUAACAAACCUAGAAACAAUUGGGCAAAUGCUAUCAGUUACAUGGAUAAGAUCUCAGCAGAUGCCAGAUAUGAAUGCUGCAAAGUGCCAGAUUAGAUACAGAGCCACAACAGAAAAUCAUCUGGGAGUAGCAAAUGACUUCAUGGACUGGAAGGUAUGGAAGAAAUCCUUUAAUCUCACCAAUCUAUGGGAUUCUACAAACUACACGGUGGCUGUUCGGUGCAGACUUAAUGAGUCAAUCUUCUGGAGCGAAUGGAGUGACGAGAAAACAAAAACAACGGAAGAACAAGCUCCUUUGAAAGUAGACUUAUGGAGAGUAAUUGAAUCACACCAGCCCACUGGAAACCGAACUGUGCAUCUUUUGUGGAAGGAACGAAAAGAAUUUCCAUCUUCUGGAAAAAUUCAGAGCUAUACAAUAAGCAAGAAGUUUGCAGAAAGCAAGAGUUCCUUUGAACCUAUAAUAAACACCAGUAACAAGACUGUCACUCUCAACCUAACAGGGGAUGCAUAUGAGUUCAGCGUUGUUGCUCAUAAUACAGCUAAAACUUCUUCUGAAGCUAUUUUGAGAAUUCCAUCGAGCUAUGAAGAAAGCAACGAUACUCAAAGGAUUACUAUGCUGAAGUCUUCUCCUUUACAUGAAGAAGUGGUUGUGGAAUGGACAUCAUCAGAUUUAGAAAUAAAUGGCUAUGUUGUAGAAUGGUAUGCGUCGGACAUGGAUAUAUCUAAGAGAUCAUGGCAGUAUAUAAGAAAUGCCACAACCUGGACAUCUCCCAAAGGAGCUUUCAAACCAGGUAGAUGUUAUACCAUCUCAGUGUAUCCCCUCCACGGAAGAGAAAUAAAAGUUCCACAUUCCGUAGAAUUUGGCUUCCAUGAAGGACCCCCAUCAGUAGGUCCUACGCCCGAACGGAAAAGUGCUGGUAAAAAUGAUGCUACCAUAACAUGGAAAGAAAUCCCGAAAGCUAACACAAAUGGCUGUCUUAUCAAAUAUACAGUAUUUUACAAACCUGACGGUGGACAAGAAUUGGGAGAAACUGUGAAUGCCAGUGUUCUACAAUACCAACUUAAGUCUUUGCAAUCCAACACCAUGUACACAGUUCACGUUAUGGCAAGCACCUCUGCUGGUGGGAAAAAUGGAACCAGUAUCACUUUCAACACUCAUAUGUUUAGUACAAUAGACAUGGUUCUUAUGAACACGGUCAUUGGAUUGUUCAUACUGUUUCUAUUAAUUAUGGGGUUACUGUGGGCUCUGAAAAGACAUGCGUUAAAAAGACUUUGCUGGCCUAAAAUACCACAUCCUACACUAUCGGGUUGUUCUGACUUGUCUGAGAAAAUGUUUUUGAGAGAACCACCAGCGGAGACUGACAUAGUACCUCCUGACCGCAUCAGUGUUUUGGAAACAGAUGCUCAUUGUGAGAAGGAAGUUCUGUUAUCAAAUUCUGAAAAUUGCUUCAAAGAGGCAAACGAUACUGCAAGAGAGAUGCCUGAGAGGCAUGAGAUGAUGUUCAGUACAGACCAUGAAGACAGCAUGCCUGUUGCACAGACAUCAUCCUAUGUAGAGCAAGAUUUGAGAAAUCAACCAAUUUGUGCAAAAGUGUGCUCUGAAGAUCAUGACAAUGAGGAACUUCAAGUUCAGACAAGUUUGGAAGGGAAAACUAUAUGCAACCCAUAUUUGAAAAGCCUGGUCCCCACAAGGGCAUUCCUUGCUUGUGAGAACUCGUCAGACCAAGAAACAAAAACCCAGGCUGAUCUUGCCCCUGGGUGGCCAAAGCAAUUUGGACAACCUUAUGUGGCAGUGGAUAUAUUUGAAAAGCUCUCAAAGCAUUCAUGAAUGGUAGAAUAAUUAAAAUAUCCUUGUUCAGAAUGAUUUCAAGAAGCAUUCUACUCUUGUUGACCAACUGCCUCAGCCUAGAGAGCGUUACUGCUUCUUCAUUCAAAAGCUGUGACCACUGAAGUUGAUUUUUAAAACUGCACAUCCUUUCAACUAUUGUUGAAUGCAACUAUUUAAAUGCAACUAUUUAAUGCAUUUUCUGAUAACGUUUGCUAAUCAUUAGCAAAAAAGAAAAAGUAAUUUGCACUACUGUACAAGGGCAUUAUGUUCCAAAUUAUCUACACAAGAGUUGAAUGAUCGGAGCUGGAGUUGAUGCAGACCUCUCUCUCAAACUAAGAGCAAUGACCAGCCGAAGGUGGAACAAAGUGGAUUGUGAAGAUUCAAAAUGCAGAACAAAAGAGGGGACUGUCAUGGGCUGGGGGCACACAGUUAUUCUGAAUGUUCUGCCCUGUACCCCACUUGUUUAUCUGAUCCCUAAAUGAUUAAAAAUUUCAUGAUGACAGACUAUACCGUCAUAUGAAAGGCAGUAUUGAAAUUGAACAAUAAAUAAAAUAAAAAAUAAAUUAUGCUGCCACCACCUGACUGUUCCAGGCUGCAAGAAUGCCUUAUUAAAAGAAAAAACUUAAUAUUUCUCUGCAUAUCGAGUCCGGUAAGCAUGGAUCUAAAGUAUGAUAUGGAGCAGGCGACAUGGAAAGUUAAAGCAUAUGUGACUUUUUCAUGGCAUUAAAAGGCAGAAAAUAUUCCCAAAGUAGCCAAAGACUUGAAAGUAGGAAAAAUUCAAGAUUUCUUAAGCAACAAGGAGGAAAGAACUGAAAAACUAACCAUGCUCCGUGUCCAUUCCAUUUUUCAGAAUUUUGAGGGGUGCUUUCAAACAAAUGCAUACAAUAUGAAAACUAAGGGGGUACAGUACAUACAUGAGAGCUUUCCUGCCUCAGCGAAGGAGAUUUGAACCAGUCCUGACUCUACAAGCCAAGUAAAUGUAGGUUAUUCUGCUACUAGCUCAUUUGCCCCUCUGGGAGUUAAUCACACUUGGCUUCAGGCUUUGAGAUAAAUGUUGAGCGAUACAGCUGAUCACUUCUCACAACUAUUCUCAACACCUUCUACAUGUCUGUCUUUUUAUACAGUGCCUGCUGCAGUGUUGGUACAGUAGUAGGUGUGUCUGAUACAGCCACCAAAUAAGCUACUAGUGAUUGAACUGGUGAAACCAAACACUUGUAAUAAUCAUCAAUGAACUUUACAAAGACGAAGAAUACUUUUAAAGUUUACUUUUUGGUCUUACCCCCAAAUCUGCCCAAACAGGUCCUGAUGAGGAUGUGCUUGGAUUCAUUUCGCCACCCUCCCAAAGGAAGCAAUUGACAAUGUCAAACCUUAACCAUCUUUUUGAAACUUUGCACAAGGUGGCAGCUGGUCAAGCUGGUGGCACCAGGUGUACAGGCUGCAAGUAUUCUGCAAGAAAACAGGCACCUUUCCUCCCACAUGCAGCCUUGUCCAGCUCAAAAGAUCCAUGUGUUCUUCUUGGAUUGCAACAGUAACAAUAGCAGUGUUUAUAUGCCUUACAAAUACAACACUAGUGAUAUAUGCAUGCAUUUCACCAUCUCCCUCAAUUACUGUGUUUACCCGAAUCCAAGAUUAGUGCCCUCCCCCAAGUUUUUUGAUAUUAGAAAUCGGGAGGUCGUCUUAAAUUCCUUUUGAGUAAAUGCAGGUAUAACCUGUAUUUAACCUGCUUUUUAAGGGGGCCGUCUUAAAUUCAGAGUCAUCUUCGAUUCAGGUAAAUACAGUAGCUUCUAGAAAGAAAAUGGAGGAGUUGAACAACUAGCGUUCUUGCAGCCCUUUAGUGAAAUGUUCUCGAAAUUGUUAAGACUUAGCAGCCACAGCAAAUGUUUUCAUCCAGAAAAUUGUAUAUGUGGUGAAUUGUAUAUGUAAUAAAUUGUAUAUGCCAAAAAGCUUAAUACAGUUCUAUAGAAUAAAGUUUGUUCCAGUGGACAAAUCUUUAGAUCUGAGACUUCAAGUGCCAGUUCAGCCACAGAUCCACUAGCACUAACUCAAGUCCCCAUUUAUCAAACAGGAAUAAGUGAACUCACAGAUUUGUUAUGAGGCCAAACCGUGAAGACUGUAAAACACUUUGCAUAUUAAAAUAUACAUACACUCUACUGAUAUCCUUUUAGAACAGCUUUUAGAAAGCAUGUUAAAUCGUGGCUUUUUACCCAGGCUUUUAUAUGAUUGUCUCUGCUGCUGCUCUUUGUACUCUGUAUUGCUUUUAUGCUUGUGUUUUAAAUUUUUAAUCAGAUUUGUUUUAUAUUUUUAGCUUAAUAUUUUAAUUGUGUCUUUUUUCCAAUCUUGUUUUUAAAUUUUGCUGUAAACUACCUUGGAGGGAUUGUUUUAAUGAAAGGCAGUAUAUAGAUUUAACAAUAAAUAAAAUAAAAUAUUUUAUUUUA